UGUUAGGUCUGUUAUAACGCUUCCAGCAGCAGCAGGCGCGUGGAGAGCGCGCGAGAGGGGCGGCAGGGAGAGGGGCGAGGGGCGCAGACACCCUCCACCGAGCCAUGGAUGAUCAAAGGCUUUUAAGACUGAUUUAAAUCAAAAAUCAACUUUAUGAACAACAUGCAAAAGAAGACAACAUUUUCCUUUAACUUAAACCAAUGUUUCAGUUUCCAUGAAGUUGCAAAUCGAAGAAGUUUCGGAAUCAAGAAAGUACUACCUGUCAACUGUUGGAUUAAUGCCUGAACCAGAAUUCUGGAAUCAUCCUACAAGAGUCGUAUAAGUUUACACGCGCGCUGUGACAUUGUAUGGUGGAAAAUAUGAAUAUUACAAUAAGAAUAUGGAUUCAUGAAUGCAUUUAUAGACAUUUUGGGACAACAUUAGACGAAGAGGAGUAAAGGUGAUAACAGUAUCAAUUUCGCCUCCCGACUUCUUUGAGGGCAAUUGAUUUAUUAGUAUCGAGUGAUUUGAACUGACGUUGCGUCCACUCCGAGUAGUAGAAACAUGAGUGGGGGCAGGUUUGAGUUUGAUGAUGGUGGGGCAUACUGUGGAGGUUGGGAGGGGGGCAAAGCGCACGGCCAUGGGAUCUGCACAGGACCUAAGGGGCAAGGGGAAUUCUCGGGCUCCUGGAAUUACGGAUUUGAGGUGGUCGGGAUCUACACCUGGCCAAGCGGAAACACGUACGAGGGGUACUGGUCUCAAGGAAAGCGCCACGGCUUGGGCAUAGAGACAAAAGGACACUGGGUAUACAAGGGCGAGUGGACUCACGGAUUCAAAGGAAGGUAUGGCACGCGCCUCAGUCAGGGAAGUGGCGCCAAGUACGAAGGUACAUGGAAUAAUGGACUUCAGGAAGGAUAUGGCACGGAGACUUACGCAGAUGGAGGCACAUUUCAGGGACAGUUCAUGGGUGGCAUGCGUCACGGCUAUGGCGUGCGUCAGAGUGUCCCGUACGGCAUGGCCGCAGUGGUCAAAUCUCCCCUGCGCACGUCCCUCACCUCUCUGCGCAGUGAACACAGCAACGGCACGCUGCUGCAACAAGACCUGCCUGUCAUCACCACCACCAACGCUUCGGGCCAGGAGACACUGGUCACCCCGUCCACCCCGGGUCCGUCCCGUGGUGGCUUCGCGCUCUCGCUGCAGUUUGACCCCAACGCUGUGCCGCCCAAGAAGAAGGGGCUGUUCCGACGCGGCUCGCUGCUGGGCAAGCUGAAGAAGUCGGACUCGCGCACCUCGCUGUCCAGCAACAAGAGCAAAAUCAGCUUCCUGGGACGCAGCGAGUCGGCCAUGAGCUCGGCCAGCGACGCCAACUCCACGGUCAGCCUGGGCGACAGCGAGCCAGAGGGCGAGGGAGGGGACUUCCCGCCAUUGGAGGCCGACAUCGACGCCACCACCACCGAGGUCUACAUGGGCGAGUGGAAGAACGACAAGCGCUCGGGCUACGGCAUCAGCGAGCGCUCCAGCGGCCUUAAGUACGAGGGUGAGUGGCUCAACAACCAGCGCCACGGCUACGGCUGCACCACCUUCGCCGAGGGCGGCAAGGAGGAGGGCAAGUACGUGAACAACAUGCUGGUCAAGGCGGUCAAGAAGCGCGUCAUCCAGCUCAAGGGCACCAAGAUCAAGCAGAAGGUGGAGCGCAGCGUGGAGGGGGCGCAGAGGGCCGCGGCCAUCGGAAAGCAGAAAGCGGAGAUCGCUGCCUCCAGGACCAACCAUGCAAAGUCCAAGGGUGAGGCAGCUGACCAGUCUGCUCAGGCUGCCAACCAGGAGUCCAGCAUCGCCAGGGUGGUUGCCAGGGAACUGUCCCCAUCCUUCUACCAGCCAGGUCCUGAAUACCUAAAGAAGCGUGCGCUGCAAGAGAUUGCAGAGAGGAACGAGCAUGCUGACCCCAUGCUGCAUGAGCCACUCCUGUCUGAGGAGUCUCCCCCCACACCGCCAGAAAGUCCAAUGGACAGCCUGCGGCCGAGCUCAGCCCCUGUCCGCACUCGCACCCCGUCCCCCUGCCCAGCGGAGCUGGCGGCCGCCCGCGAGGACCCUAACCUGCUGGGGCCCGGGGCCUGGAAUGGAGAAAAGGCCAAAGCAGGGUCCGGGAGCCGGGGGAGCAGCAGACAGGGCAGCAGGCCCACCACCCCUGUGGCCGCCCCUGCAGCGGAGGAGCGUCCAGCCAGCAGCCAAGGUCCCUCACGCACCCCCAGCCGCCAGAGCAACAAGGCUGAACAGGGCUCGGACAUGGAGAUCCAGCCCCUGCAGAAGAUGGCCACUGGGGCCAAAGCGGCAGAAACUGCUCCCGCUGCAGCGACUGUCGCUCCAGCGCCUACACCCUCUCCGGUCCCCACGCCCUCCUCUGCUCCAGCAGCUGCCCCGACUCCAUCGCCCACCCCCCAUGCCGCUGCGGCCCCAACACCGUCACGCUCCCCUGCUCCCCCUGCCCCUGCAGAGGAGGAAGAGGAGGCCCCAGCUCCUGGACCGUCCUCUCGGCCCGCCUCCAAAGUCUCCCUCAAAGCACCCACGCCAGAGCCCCGUCCGUCUUCGUCAGACCUCAGGCCGCGAGCUCCAUCCGUCACCGAGAGCAGGCCCUCGCCCAAGCCCUCGCCCAAGCCCUCUCCGAGACGCGAUCGCAGUCCUGCGCCCAAAGCCGAGCCCAAGCCCUCGCCCAAAGCUGUGGCCCGCGCCACGGCGAAAGCUCCUGCCAAGCCCGAGCCCAAGGUUGAGGUCCGACAGAAGGUUGUGGUCAAAACCCCCAGCGAGGUGGCAGAGCUCUUACAGCAGGAUGAGGGCCCAAAUACAAUAAUGAUAUGUAUGGUCAUCCUGCUGAACAUCGGACUAGCCAUACUGUUCGUACACAUCCUUUCCUGAAGCCUUGCAAACCCAGAUUCUCCACCCGUGUGGCGCUGGAGGAACAGGAGGAGCAUGGCCUCUGCCUUUACACUGGACCAUCGUGAACAUAGACUCUUCCCUGAUGCUCAGAGGGGCUGCAGCCCAGGGAUGACGGCCGAUCUGCUGGAGCAGUCCACUCUGAGCUCCGUCUGAAAGUGGACGAUGCCGCUCUCAUCUGCUGCCACUCACGGCAAGACAUACAGACAGACAGACAGACAGACAGACAGAUAGCUGCUUGGCCUGCCAGACACCAAGAGCAGUUAUCCCCUCCACCCCCCACCCCACCCCCAACCCAACGAGGAAGUUCCCCCACUCCCUCACUGCUCUGCUCUCAUGUGGAGAGAGGAUGUGGCCUCAGGUGUGAAAGGAUGCAGUAAGCAGCAGGGAGUUGGUAAAGCCGUGCUGCUGGUCUGGAUGAGAUGCUGGCUGUAAGGGGGUUUCGGUAAAGUGCUCUUAGUGGAUCACAACAGAGAUCUAGAAACUACUUCAUGAUACAGAAAAUGGAGCUCUUUACAGAAUACCAACCAGAAAUUCAUCAAGAUAUUUUAGUAGUCUAAAGUAGUCUAAUGAAAAUUCAUGAAAUUAAACAAAAUUAUGUUAUAAAGCCUAAACAAAGAUGGCAAAUACAUCAAAGAAAAAAGUGUAUUCUCUAUUGAUUUAUUAUUUAUGUCACUGGAUUGUUUCUGUUUUCAAGUAAUAUCCAAACAUUAUCUAUCUGUAACUUACAUGUACUGAGCAAAAUGUCUUAAAGAGUUUGCUAAUUUCACUGGUAGGCUGCUCAGAGUGCACGAUGAGUGAUCUUUGCACGUUGCAUUCUAGCGGCAGGAAAUCGCUUAUUCUUUCACGGUGGCAGAAAUCACUUUUUACCAUGAAUUCAGUUGGUCAUGACGGAAUGCUGUAGUAUUUAUGAAAUUAUUGAUUUGUAACGUGACUUGCUUGCACUUGUUUGACUGUGAGCCGAAGUUCCAUAAGAAGGAUGGGUGUCAGAGCAAAUGGAGGAGAGGAAAGAGGUGGAAGGACCUGGCACUGCUUUUGAAACCACUGUGUUAUUGGAGAUCAUGUGAAAAGGUUGUUAAAGUAAGUGCCAUGGAAUGUGUGUCUGCUGGUUGUAUUUUAAGAACACAGCACUACAACUGUAGGAGUUUGUGGUUGGGCAGAAGAAACUGAUUUUAAUCUCACUGUUCUGUAGAUAGUUUUUAAAAAUGUCUCGUUUUUUGGGGUGGUUAAUUAAUCAAAUUCAAAUCAAAAUCAAAUUGACUGAGAAAAAAAGAAAAAUUAAAAAAGAGAUAUGAAUUCAUUUGCUGGAGGCUGUUGUUAUGUGUUUUUUUUUGCGCAUUUGGUCAUUUUACAUCUAAAAAUAUGUGUGUUACACACACCUGUGAUAGCAGUAGUCAUGUACUGUCCCAUAUUUCAAAUGUGUGCAUGUUGUUCUGAGGGAGUGUAUUCCUACCUUUUCACAACAAUUCAAAUAGUGUCAUACGUUUGACUUUAGCUGAACUCAAUUAGCCUAUAAAUCUGUGACUUUAUGCAGUGUCCCCUGUAGUUUCACUGGAUUUGUGAAAUUUAGAAAAUAAAAGUACUUUGCUAGAACCUCAGGUACUAUUGCACUGUAGGAAGUAGGGUGUCAAUGGCAUGAACAUACACAAACACACACUAACACACUCUAUCAUUAUUGAUCUCACAAGUCACAAGUAGGUUUUAAAGGCUAUCUCUGUGUGCCAGCCGAAUUCUACAGUAUGUUAUAGGUGUGAAUGUUCACUCAAACCAUUUUAUUUCACCUGUUUGUUAACUGCCCUGUUAAAAUGUUUAUUUAUGGACGUUUACUUGUAUGUUUUAAUCUGCUGGCAGCAUCCCAGUGUAGAGAUAUUUUUGUUUGUUUAGAGAAUUAUUUUCAUGUAUUAUCUUCAUGUAGCCCUGUGGUCACAUUGAUAAAAGGCCCCAACUUGUAGGUUGGAUGUGAUUGAGGCCCUCACUGAAGUCUGUCAUCUAGAUAUUUAUUUCUGAUUCUGCUUUGCAUCAGUCAAAUUGAAAUAAAAACUAUUUUUCAGCUCAAACUUAA